AUGAACAUGUCCAGCGAUUCGACCCAUCGUAGCAUGGUGAAGUUCCUAACAAUCACACUGGUAGCCCUUAUGACAAUGUUUGGGCUCCUAUCCAACCGAUACUAUUCUCGCAGCCGUCAGAAGUUCAGAUUCUCAAGGAUAUAUCUCGCUUAUGACAUGUUCUGGACUGUUGGAUUUACAUUAAUCUAUGGACAUCAGAUUGUGAGGGAAUACUACCAAGGUCAGAUUAACCUUCGAGAUGCCAUCACGCUCUACAGUUACAUGAACAUCACAGUGGCGGUUAUUAACUUUAUAACACAAAUGAUGAUAAGUGACCAUGUGGCCAAGACGAUGAGUGCCGUCCCAUUUUUCGAGACUCUGCGGAAGUUUCGCCUCAAUAGCAAAUCCCUCUACAUUUCUAUUUCGACGGCUUUGAUCAAAGCUAUUGGCUUCCCCUUCAUCUUGGAGGUGGCAUUUAUCCUUCAACAACGACGCCUGCAUCCCGAACUGAGCUUAAUUUGGACCAUAUACAGACUGUUUCCGUUGGUCAUCUCGAACCUAUUGAAUAAUUGUUUUUAUGGAGCAAUGAUUGUAGUCCUGGAAGUUCUCAAGGCCCUGAAUUUGCGUGUGGAAUCGGUUCUUAAAGAAGUUAAUAUAUUGCAGAGGGAGGAGCAGUUAAAGUUGAACACCACCUACUAUCGCAUGCAGAGAUUUUGCUCCUUGGCCGAUGAACUGGACAAUCUGGCCAUCUACUACAAGUUAAUAUAUGUUCAUGCCGGAAAAUACCUAAGUCCUAUGUCGCUUUCCAUGAUCCUGUCACUGAUUUGUCACCUAUUGGGAAUGACAGUUGGAUUCUACAGUCUAUACUACGCCGUGGCGGAUACUUUCAUUGGCGGAAAACCAUACGACGGUUUGGGAUCACUGAUAAACCUGGUUUUUCUGUUCAUUUCGCUAGCGGAAAUCACCCUACUGACCCACUUGUGCAACAACUUGUUGAUUGCUACCCAAAGAACUGGCACACUUCUGCAGGACAUGAACCUGCGGCACGCAGACCCCCGCUUUCGAAAAUCUGUCCACGAUUUCACCCUAUUUGUGACACUAAGUCGAUUCAAGAUCAAGCCUUUGGGUUUGUAUGAACUAGACAUGACCCUGAUUAUGAAUGUCUUCUCCACGGUGGCCAGCUUUGUGCUCAUCCUGGUGCAAGCGGAUCUCUCGCAACGGUUUAGGAUGCUCUAG